AGAUUUCUCUGGAGACACCAUGAAGGUUAAGGCUAGCACCUUGCACGCCUCCAACUCGAAAUGGAAAAUGCCUAAGAAUUAUGGCAUUGCAAGAAACAACCAUCUGAACCGAAAUCUGUUGAAUGAUACACCAUUGUCAAAAGUCACUUCAGUAAGCUGGUCUAAACCAAUGGUUGUUCCAGCAAAGUCUUCUUCUGACACGGAUCAACAAAAUGCUGACGAUGAGCAACCCGAGGCUAAGGCCAAUACUUUUGCCAUUGACAUUGAGUUCAAUAGGAUUGAUUGCCUUGUAGGGGUCAUUCAUGAGGCUGCCAAAGGUGUUUUAGAUGCAAUUCAAAGACACGAAUCAAAUAGACGUGAUCCAGAGCUUGCGAUGGCAUGGAGGGGAGUUGAUGUUCACUCGUGGCACAAAAAAGUCGCUUAUCAGAUAGCUGUUUACGACUUACUAAGCUCAGCAAUUCCUAUCGAGCUGAUUCUUACUGAAAAACGCCACGCCAAUACUUCCGUCUCUAGGAUCUUACACCCUAUAACAAAAUAUCUUGGGAAGUGCAUACAAGAUGAGCUCGACGCGAGGUGCCCUAAUUUAGUACAGUGGUUCGGAUCUAGAAUGGUGGAAUUGCCUCGUGACACAGCAAUAUUUAUGCCUAUGUUGAAAAAGUGGUCGAUGGACUAUGCAGGAAGUCGUGUUGCAGGAAUCGUUAUGACAAUAAGUUGCUAUAUUGCAGUGAUGAGGUUGGGUCCGGGGCGUCUUUCCUAUAUUCCAUUCUCUUUUCUUAUUAAUAUUAUACUAAACGAGCUCAUGAACUCGUCGUAUGCCAUUGUUUCUGUGGCUAAGCUGCAUCACUUGGCCAGUGAAGCUGGUUUCGAAGAGGAAUUUUUGCUGCAUUUUGGUGAAAAGAUUUUCCCCUUUAAAGAUAUUGAAGAUCUAGAAUUUUGGCUUGGCCUGGCUGUUUCAAAACUAUCUGUAGCAUUGCGCAGAGAGGGUGUAAUUUCUGGCCAACAAGUAUUCUGCGACAAGGAUCGCGAGGAUGAUUUGGCUGUGUUUGGUCUUUUCGCGUUUCUGGGAAAGGAAACGAGAUCAUUUUUUACAAAAAUGAAGAUCAUAUAUCUUGAUGAAGAAGUUGAGGAGUUUCUCAGCUAUUUGGAGUUUGGUAGCCUUUUCUUCUAUCCUAGAUUUUCUAUCCUCCCUGACUAUCAGCUCUUCAUGGAGGUUGUUACUGAUGAAAUAAAGUGGCUAGACAUAUAUGCUCCAUAUUAUUCCAAGUUUAAUCCAAAUAGGGGGAAAAAGUCCAGAAAACGCAAACGCAGAUUAGAAUCAUUGAAGGAAAUCAUUCUGCACCCAGUGCUUACAGUUUGCUAUGAUCUUUUCGUCGGGUUUGCUCACUAUGUCACCACAACUCGACGGCCUUUAAAUUCAAAUUUGCGUGCAUUCCUGCUCCAAAGUCAGAGCUUACUUGCUAUAUGUCUGGAGUGCUACUGGGCAGUGUAUAGUAGAUCACGUUAUCCGGUGACCAUGAUGGAGAGACCUGCCUACAAAGUUACUUCUUGCAAGGCUUCUAGCGAAAGGGGGGCACACUUAAUCAAUCCCGACAACAUCUUCGUGAGUAUACUGAGUGCAUCUGCUUGGAAGCUUAGAUCUGUCAGUACUGCUAUACGGAUGGUUACUCAGUUGUACUGUAUUGAUGUAUCGGUUUCUGUAAAAUUUGUUAUGAAGCCACUGCGGGGACAGAAGGUUACAGCAAGAGAAAGGAAGAAAGUUGAAAGAACUUUAACCGAUGUCGCGAAACUAAUUCACAUUACAAUCCUAAUGCUGACGCCUGUCUCUGCAUGGAUGCACGCAGCUAUGUUAAUCGCAAUCACGAAAUACAUCCCAACGCUGAUUCCAUCUCCAUUCUCUGCGGAAAGGCUCGGCAUGGUGAAACUCCUGGAGAAAAUGAGGGAAAUGGAAUUUCAGGAAUGGAGCGACACCGAUGAUGCUGCUGUCGACGGUGAAACAACCGGAGACAUCAAAGAUGAUGGAAGUAGUUCAAGUGCAAACAACAGUGAAGAGACAGAUCCUCCAGACUUGCAUUAAACAACAAUGACUAGGAAUCUAUUAAGUGCAUUAUAUUAAAUCUGUUUAUCUAUAUGUAUAUAUGUCAAAUCUUUUAAUUGUACAGUCUCAUAACCAUCU